AUGGAGGGUCAGCAGGAAGCCCACCCAGUCGAGGAGGAGGAGGAUGAACUCCUUCUUCGUGGAGGAGUAUGCAGGUCCCCCUGGGAAAUCACAGUGCAGACAAUUCCUGGUGCUGCUAAGGAGCAGGGUGUGUGCAUUGUGGGUGAGGAAAACAUCUGGCAGAACCCCAACAUCUGUGAGAGAAAAGUGUGCUUACAGGAAACGCAGUCAAUGGAGAGUCUCGUUCACAGCAAACUAGACUCCAGUGUCCCCAGUGAACCUCCAGCCCAGACUGUUGUUGAUGAUGCUAAGGGGCAAGACAUCUGCAUUGCGGAAGAGCAAGGUGUCCUACAGAAGCACACCAUCCUUAUCAGAAUUGGGUAUCCUGAGGAAACACACCCAGGGCAGAAUAUAGUUAAGCCUAUUGCUGAAGGAGGAGAUUGGAAAGGCCCCAAUGAAUCCACCUUCCAGCCCGCUCUUGAUGCCACCAAGGAACAAGACUCCUGCAUUGGGUAUGAGGAAAUGGUUAGCCAGAAGCCCAUCAUUCAAGGAAGAGCCCCCAGUGAAGCCAUAGCUCAGAGAGGUAUGGAUACUGGCGUUCUACAGCGGAGACAAAACAAAAGGAAAUCUUUGGGGAAAGCACAGGAUGAGAUGGUGGAGCAGAACCUCCAGAGUCACGAAGGACCAAGGAGGGGAAAGAGAAGCCAGACAGAAUGGAAGACAGAUGAAUCCAUCCUUCCUCAAAGUGGCUUCUUCACUGAGCAAGGAGACCAACCAGAAAAAAGAGAUGCUUUGAGAACAUCCACAGAGGAGAAAACAAUUCAAAGGGCAGGGUCUGGAGGAAUAAGCAGUGGGAGCAAAAGCCAUGGAAACACCCCCAUAUGCCCUACAGAGGUGAAGCCAUUUAUUUGUUUGGAGUGUGGAAGGAGCUUCAUGUAUCAGAGAGAGUUUGCUCGCCAUCAGAGGAUUCACACAGGACAGAAACCACAUAAAUAUGCAGACUGUGGAAAGAGUUUCCGCAUGAAAAGCGAUCUUACAGUACAUGAAAGAAUUCACACAGGGGGAAAGCCUUUCAAAUGUUUGGAGUGCGAUAAAAGCUUUAAUGCGAGCUCACAACUUACAAUACAUAAAAGAACUCACACAGGGGAGAAGCCUUUCAAAUGUUCAGAGUGCAAUAAAAGCUUUGCUAACUGCUCAAAUCUUAUUAAACAUAAAAGAACUCACACAGGGGAGAAACCUUUCAAAUGUUCAGAGUGUGAUAAAUGUUUCGCACAAAACUCACACCUUACAGUACAUAAAAGAACUCACACAGGGGAAAAACCUUUCAAAUGUUCAGUCUGUAAUAAAUGUUUUGCUCAGACGUCACUCCUUAUUAAACAUCAAAGGAUUCACAAAGGGGAGUGA